AUGCGUUUCCAGCAGGUAGCAACUCUGGGCCUGCUCCCCGCAGGUCUCGCGACGGCUCAGCUCACCUACGCGGACAACCAGCCCAAGGUCAUCCGGGACAGCGAGGCCGUCGCAGCCAAUUUCCCUGAAGUUGAGGGCGUCGAGCUGUUCUCGCCCGCGUUCGCAAGCCCGGAGAGCGUGCCCAGCACCUUUGCCAAUGGCACCAGCGGCCCGACGGACGAGGCGACUCUGGACCACUUCCUGCGCACGCUCGCGGCGCGCAACGAGUGGAUGACCUACCACAACCCCGACUUCAAGUCCGAAGAGGGCCGGUCGAUCCCCUACGUCUACCUCUCGAACUCGAACCGUGUCGUCGACGGGCUCGCGUCCCACGCCAACGCCAGCGCCCCCGGCAAGGUGCGCAUCUGGAUGCAGGGCGGCGUCCACGGCAACGAGCCGGCGGGCGACCAGGCCCUUCUCGCGCUGCUGGGCAAGCUGGACGCCAACGCCACAUUCCGCAUGUCACUGAAGCAGGCCGCCCAGAGCGAAAAUGGCAGUUGA